AUGGAGAGUUACCUCUGUGUCUUGAGAAGCAUCACUGCUACAUUGCUGAACUCCAGCUGCCUUUACUGGGCCGCUGAAAUCAUCUUGGCCAUUGGAUGUGGAGUGUGGCUCUCCUUCCUCCUCUUCUCCGACUGUCCUGUUAUUCCACCCUCAGGAUCCACUAAGAAACCACGAAAGAUCAGGACACCUCAAGUGGACACGUGGAGGAACAGAAAGCGGAAUAAACACAACCCGGUGCAAGCUUUAGGAAGUGGCCAGAAUGGACAGGAUGAGGAGGGGCACCACUGGGUGUUUCGGCAAACCCAACUGGGAGAGUCCCCUGACAAAGGUCGCUUUCACCUGUUGAAGUAUAGCGACCCCUCUGAUGCUGAGUGGGAAAGAACGCCUGCCGAAGUCCGUCAGCAGCUAGGUAUGGCGCCAGGUGGGGAGACCCCUUCCACUGUCUCGGCUCCUCUCACCCGUCCCCCUCAACAUCUGGCCUUCACUGCUUUGCACACACCUCCAGAAGACCUUUCUCACUGGAAGAUUGAUAGCUCAUCUUCCUGGAAAACCACCUCAGAGGGUUCUUCUUCAGGGAGCGCCUAUUAUUUGACUCCAUCUGUCACCAUAGUCACAGACAGUGAUGGCUCAAGCCUUUCCACAGAAACAGAGUGUUACUCUCUCUUUAACACCGGCAGCCCGAAGUUUCUGGACGUCGACACCAGAGAAGCCAGCAGCUCUUCUGACGCUUCCCUACACCGUGAGUUCCUGGUGGCUAAGGCUGGGGUCUCCUGGAGCUCUUCCCCACUACAGCCGUCCUCUAUGCCCGUCAACGGAAGUCCUAAUGCCUGCUCAGUUCAAGCAUCCUCACCGCUUUCCAAGCCCCAGCCCUCGCCCCCCUCUGAGAUCCCAACCCAGCCUUCUGUUGCACCCACGCCACCACCUCAGGCCCCAGUCUUCACCGAGCACCAUCUCCAGUCCUCUUCCGGAAUCCCACCACCCCCUUCCACAGCACGGAUGGAGGUCUAUGGAACAUCUUGCCCCAAAGUCCCAAAUGAGACCCAAUCUUCUGUGGCCCAAAGGUCUCGGGAGGAAGUUAGUCCUCAGCAUCCCAGCCUUCCUCGGGACAAGACAGCCAGUGAGCCCCCAAAGGUAGACACUAAUCUUCCUGGGGAUACAGUUAGUAAAAUCGAGAUCCGAAAACAUCUGGAGCAACUCCUUCAAAAAAGGCUUAUUCAAAACGAACGAGGCCCGCCCAGCAGGAUCCAAACAUCUCUCAAACUGGCAAAGCCUCCUGAGAAAUUACCGGGGGUGAGCCAGACAAAAGCCCAGCCUGGACCACCCCGGCCUGUCUCUACAAGGCAAAGCAGCACUGGGAUCACGAAGAAUCUGGGCAAGGGUUGGGGCUGUGGUCCGGAAAACGUCCCCAAACAAACCGCAUCCCAGGCCCCUGAAAAAACUGUGGUGAGAGAGUUACGACACCGUAAAGAACUAGCAAACGCCCUGACAGCCCAUUUGGACAGGAAGUUAAGGAAUAUUGUAGAGGGCAAGAUUCCUAUAUGUGUACGCCGCUCCUGGCUUAUUGCCAAUCUCACUUUGCCCAAGUCUGAUCACAACAAAGAAACCGGGAAUCUGUUGUCCUCUGAGGACCAGGGACCCCAUGUCAACACCAUCCAGAAGUUUACGUUCCUUGAUCCCGGCAUGCGACAGACCCUGGAAGCACACAUGAUAAGAUUCCGUGUGAGGCAGAAUUGGAAUCUACCAGGCCAGGGAGGAGAGCCUACCCAUUUCAAUUCGAGGGAGACUCAAUCACCGCCCCUUUCACAGCAUGAAUCUUGGGCUGGCUCAGAAGGAGAGGCUGCCAAGCUCCAGGAAGACUGUAGUAAAAAGGUGACAUCAGACACUUCAAUCCCCAUCCAGAAGAAUCCUGCCCUUGGCCCUUUAUCUUCUGGUGAGGAUGUCAAGGCGUCUCUGAGCCUGACCUUACUUAAUAACAACUCCAAGCUGUCAGAGGUCCCUCAGGGUGGGCAGAAGGGUAGGCAGCCUUUCCAGCCCCUGCCAGCCAACAUUCUUAGCAGAACCUCUGAGAACAGGAAUGCCCAGGGAGUUAACAGUGACAGCCUUGAACUAACUGCAAGUCCACCAAUGAAGUGGAAGGGACCAAGGAGGGGCAGUGUGAGUUGUUUGGAUCUCAGGGGCUUGGAGACUCCAUGGAAACACCCCGCACCUCCUAGAAUGCAUCUUCAAGACCUAGAAAAUACGAAACUAAACCCACAGAUGGUUGGCGAGAAAGAAUUAAAAAUAGAGGUCGGGACAGCAAAAUCGCCCCAAGGCUAUCCUAGUAUGCUCCCUCAAGCCGGUGCCUCUGGUGUGCUUAGCUUCUCAGAUGGCUUAGCUUUUCAGGCCUCUCAAUCUCAUCCCCAUUGUGUGUCCCAUGAGCACAUGCCAGUUUGGGAAUUACUAAGUGACAUGAUGGGGGCUGGCGAGAGCCAUGUCAGGCAUCAGGACCUCAAGGGCCCAAUCCUUCAUGCCCCAUGCGGGAAUCCGGUGGAUGUUUCUGCCCCUCCUGAUAGGACACAUGAUUAUAGGAGGAGCCCCAAGCCAAACGAGAGUCAAGAAGGGCUGGCAGGAUUGGAGUCCUCCCCCGCCUGUGGGAUGCGUGAACGUGCCCAAGAGAAGGGCUCAGUAAAGGCCCAGGGCAUCAAGUCCCCCAAACACCUCCCAAUAGUGAAGGCAUGUCCUCCCACAGAGAAGGGGAAUGCUCUUUCAGAGGGCCCCUUCAGGAAGAAAAUGAGGAGUUUUUUCCAAAGAAUUUGCACAAAUAAAAAAGACAAAGGGCAACAGGGCCCUCUACAGAGAGGAAAGCCUGCUUCGGCCUCUGCCCAGAGCCCUGGCUCCGUCAAAUACGCAGAAAGUUCUGAGAUGAAGACAAUUAUGUUGGCUAUUGACCGGAGUUUGCAAGAGCUUUAUGCUGCGAAGUUAAAUGAAGAGAAGAACAAAGGCCAGAGAUACCAGGAUCCAGUUGGGGAGAGUUCACCUAAAUUUAAGCCUCCCUGUUCCCUGGAGCACAGGAGUGAAAGGUGUUACGCCUUCUGCUGUCACCAUGUCACCCUUGAGAACCAGUGUGUGAACAACGAAGGCAGAAACCCCUGCACAAAGGGGACAUAUCUCUCCUACUUUCAUUACCCUGAGGAAUUCAAAUUGGAAGCUUGA